UUGUGCCAGUGUAAUUGAAAAUCUACAAAGUCUGAUUUCGGUACGUUUUUAAAAUGAACGUAAGUGACUAAUUAGCAACCAAUAACUGCUUCAGGUUUCCACUAUACCCCUUGGCAGGUAUGUUCGUUUUCUCAAUUUCUUUAAUUAAAGUUGAGAUCUGUUUUAGAGAAUAAGUGUACUGCUAAUUCAGCGAUAAAUGUUUGGUUUUGCUCAAAUAUCACCGUUGCACAAGCAAAUGUUAUUUUCUGCAAAAUAUUAAUUUCUCUAAAUUGCUUCGGCCUUUAAUAAUAUCCUUAUUUCUUGGUACUUCGCUUAGGAGAUCCUCGACUGGCCUUUUGCUCUCAAAGUCAUUUGCAUCACAAAUAAUCACAAUUCUCCUCAUUUCUUAUCUUCUGUAAACAAACCUCGUGAUUUUUUGUGAUGAGUUGAUUAAAUUGGUGCAGCUUCGCAUUUUUUAUGAGCAAAUCGUCUCUUAGCCAAAUGAGAAAACUAAAUUUUGGUUGUCAACUGGCUUAAUGAAAUCUCUUGUUUGUGAUAAAUAAAUUUGACUGUAAACAACAUGUGGAUGUAUUGUUUGCUCGUCUUGCUGCAGUUGACGACUAUAUAAGACAGGUUGAAACUGGAUCGCCAGGCCUAGCAUAAGCGUUCACGAGUCAGUGUCGAUCAGUUGCACUGCACAUGUCCUACUGGAAAUUAUAUUCUGUCUUGUGGUCUAUAUAUCCGAUUUAUAUUACAACUCAACAUUUAAUCCGCGAAUUAUUCAACAUAUGCUGUUAAGAUCACCAAAUUUUUUCCAGAGCUCGUACUUUGUCAACCUCGAAAGACGCUGUUUAUCUAUGUUGAUGAUGUAAGACCAGGUGACCGUUUAUUAGUUCAACUCAUCCCGUGUAAACACUUGAAAAUUUCCGAUACCUACAGCUUGAAAGGAACCUGUUACAGACGAACUGGCCUAGUCUUGGCAAGAUGGAUUCGCUAAGAGGUGCAGCUAUUGCGCUUAAAAAGAGCCCAAGGGCUGUUCGCAAAAAGCUUGAUAGAAUCACUGGCAAAAAGGAAGGUAAAAAGCUUUUUCAGAGCCUGGAUGAUGAUGUUACAUUUUGUGUCAAGCAACUUGGAAGCAUUGACUUGCGUGGGGAAUGUGAUUCCACCAUGACAGAAACUGCGGUCAGGAAUCUUUUGACGGAAGCAAAAAAGGCCAGAAUGGAAUCCAAGAAGAAGUUGUCAAAAACACUCCUUACCGUGGCAACAGACAAAAUCUGCGCAGAAGAUGCGACUACAAAGGAAUUACUGUAUGAAAUAGAGUUACAAAGGGUGUCACGGUGGCAAAUUGACGCACAGUAUCCACAGGUCUUCUCCUUCAUUGAAGAUAAGCAAGAUAGCCCGGUGUGCCACGCAUAUAUUUCACCCAAAACCUCUGUGACCGAAGAUGUCACCAAAGCUGUAGCCACAGCCUUGAAAUUCAUCGAAGAUUCAAAAAAGGAAGGGAUUGUUAAGAGAAGAGAUGACAUCGAUAAAGAGCUAGACCGAGAGGCAGAAGACCUAUAUUCUGAUUUGGGCAGCGCCAAAGUACUUUCUGUAGGGCAGAGUACUGAUGAUGUCGACGUUCGGACUCGCAGAAGUGAUAACAGUAUGGAUGCUGAGACUGACGCGAGAAAAAAAGAGAUCAAUGUUUUCAAUGAUCUUUCCAGUUCAGAUGAUGAAGCGCAAGGGGACCCCAUGAAAUACAUCUAUUCCAACAUUGGUCUAAAGAAUGAACAUUCUGGAGAAAACAUGCUUUUUGAUGCAACAGAUCAAAAUGAAGAUUUUGAAAGUAUUCCAGGUACAAAUACAGCUGGUAACACUGGGGUUGUUGGCAUACCCAGCCUCGAAGAAAAUCACAAAAAUCACAAGAUUGAAAAUCCACCCACUGACAAUCUUAUCAAUUUUGAUGAUUAAAUCUACUGAAUUAAUAACAAGCUGUUUGAAAUAUUUGUAACAAACGAGUGGCAUUAAUGUGUAUCUGACCUAAAAUAUUACGUUUCAAAUUCACAGAUUAAGGUGAGAGCAGUUUUUUCAAAGGAUAUACGUUCGUAUUUGUAGCAAAAAUUAUAGAUGGUAUUCUUUCUAUUCAACCCAAGUCAAAAGUCUUUGACCACUAACGUCAGUUUUUGAAGGCAAAUUCAGCCAACCUCCUCUCCUUUUAAAAAAGUGUUGGUUCAUUAUAGAAAAAAGAUAAGCGAUUAUAGAGUAGUCUCCUCUUGUUGCCUGCAUGAUAUAUUUAUAGACUGUCAACAUUGUUCUAGAGAGGGGGGAGGGGUGAAAGUGGCUUUAUUCGUGAGAAGAAGCGAAAGUAGAAAAACAUAACGUGGGUGUCCCAAAUAAUUUUGGCAUUGUGGUAAAAGUUUGUGUCAAAAUAGGAUAACUUUGUAAAGAAAGUAUUACGCUCUGCUCAAAUACUAACUCGGAAACAUUCAUUUCAUUUGCAUCACCACCAAAAAGGCUAAAUUUCUCCCACCCAUUCGGAUAAUUCAAGCAGGAAAAAAGCUUCUGUGUAUGUUAUUAGCUUUAUGGCUUUUCAACUGUUUGAUGAUAUAUUGAUGAUGUUAUUUAUAGGCAAAAGCGGUCCUCUUUACCUACUACAACACGAUGACAAUAAGUAGAAGUAAAAUAGUUACUGAAAAAAUAUGGCAAUAAAAAAGAAAAGAUGAAUAAGAACCUGGAUGUGUAGCUCUUUUCUUCACACAAAGUAUAAUAUAUUUCACACCUUUUGAACGCAUGUUAUAUAAAUAAUGAUAGCCAGAAUAUAUUUUUCGCACAUCUGCAAUAUUUCCCUGUCCAGAAAGUUAGAAAAUUGAAUACAUUUAUGCGUUAUUCUUUGCUAAACAUUUGAUAAUUUUUCUUCAUUUAAUAGCAAUACGAAAGUUUUUAAAAAUUUGACGAGCAAACAGGGAUAUCGGAUCCAUUUUGCAGUUGGACUUUGAGGGGUCCAGGUCAAGCGGUGCUAUGUCUCAGAAAAUGGGACACUUUCCAAAAGUUUUAAAGCGGAAACUUCUAGAAAAAGGGCAUUAUCCUAAAAUUUGAGGGGACACAUGUCCACGGUACCCACCCAGUUCCGAUAUCCCUGCGAGUAAUUUAUAACAGGAAACAGUUUAUUCAUUCUUAGGCCAUUUUGAUAAAAAUUCAUGAUGUCCGUUAUAGAAGUAGAUGCUAACAAAAGGUCGGUGCUAGAUAAAAACAAAAACUCAUUAACAAUGAUUGCGAAUUGACUAUUGUUAAUGUAGAAUUUAUUGAAAUUGCAUUAAAUGUGUGUUUGAUAUGACAGUUUUUGGUGUAGUGUAUCAAAUGUUCUGGUUUUUUGAAUUUAUAACUCAUUUUCAAUUUA